CUCAUAUUGCUCUCGUGUAAAAGAUACCGAAAUAUUCUCUCAGAUAAUUUUGCUUUUGGAAAGCUCUGCUCAACUACUGGGAUUCUCCCUUUACAGUGCUGCAAACUUAGGUUCACCUUACAAAAGCUUUGGCUCUAGGAGUAUUUCUAUUAGCUCUCAAGGUUCAAUAUGUCUUCUCUUCCGCCAGUCUACAUUGUGUCUUCUGCCCGUACCCCUGUGGGUUCUUUCUUGGGCUCUCUUUCAAGCCUAACUGCCCCACAGCUCGGUGCCCAUGCCAUCAAAGCUGCUCUCAACAAGGCGGAGGGAGUUAAGCCGUCGGAUGUUCAGGAGGUUUUCUUUGGUAAUGUCAUUUCCGCAAACGUUGGACAAAACCCUGCCAGACAAUGUGCUCUCAACGCUGGACUCGGAGAGUCGACUGUGUGUACCACGGUCAACAAGGUUUGCGCGUCUGGCUUGAAGGCGGUUAUUCUCGGUGCCCAGACUAUUAUGACUGGCAAUGCGGAUAUCGUCGUAGCGGGCGGUACGGAAUCUAUGUCGAAUGCUCCUCAUUAUCUUCCAAAUCUCCGCACUGGUGCGAAAUAUGGCCACCAGAGUCUAGUGGAUGGUAUAAUGAAGGAUGGCUUGACAGAUGCAGGCAAGCAGGAGCUUAUGGGCCUACAAGCCGAGGAAUGUGCUCAAGAUCAUGGUUUUACCAGGGAACAGCAGGACGAAUAUGCUAUUCGUACUUACGAAAAAGCACAGGCGGCCCAGAAGGCUGGUCUUUUCGACGAUGAAAUUGCGCCUAUUGAACUUCCUGGGUUCAGGGGCAAGCCAGGUGUGACUGUGGCACAAGAUGAAGAGCCCAAGAAUCUCAAUCCCGAUAAGCUCCGAGCUAUCAAGCCUGCAUUUAUCCCCGGCUCCGGCACAGUGACAGCCCCCAAUUCCUCGCCCCUCAAUGAUGGUGCUGCUGCUGUGGUCCUGGUUUCGGAGGCUAAACUGAGAGAGCUUAACUUGAAACCUGUCGCGAAGAUCCUUGGCUGGGGAGAUGCCGCCCAGCAACCGAGCAAGUUCACGACUGCCCCAACGCUAGCAAUUCCCAAGGCUCUCAGCCAUGCUGGUGUGACUCAAGACGCUGUUGAUGCCUUCGAAAUUAACGAAGCAUUCAGCGUGGUUUCUCUAGCCAACAUGAAGCUUCUGGGGCUAACAGAAGACAAAGUCAAUAUUCAUGGUGGUGCAGUGGCAAUUGGCCAUCCUAUCGGCGCCAGCGGUGCUCGUAUUUUGACUACGCUGCUUGGUGUCUUGAAGGCGAAAAAGGGUAAGAUUGGUUGCGCUGGAAUUUGCAACGGUGGAGGUGGCGCCAGCGCUAUUGUUGUCGAAUCUCUCGUUUGAGUUAAAGGGAAUUGCCCCUAAUUGUCGUCACAGCGCAGAAAUACUUUGAACCAGCAGAAUACUAAAGACAGACCCUGGAUUGCAUAGAAUUGUUCUCGUUCCUAUGAGCUGCGGUAUAAACUUAAGGUUAAUGCUCCUUAUGGCACCGUCCCUACAAUGCCAGAAGUUUCUUGAGGAAAUCAACGCACUCCCUCCGAUUAAUUCAGCAGUACAACCUCAUAGGUAAAUGAAUAUGGAGUACGUUUUCAUCAUAAUAAGCUCGGGGGCAUUUAUAUAAAGGACUCUUCAAAUCCUAC